AUGCCCGCAGCAACAACUCCAGCUGUCGCUGAUGUGCCGGCGACCAAGGCGCCCGUUGCAGCGACGGCUCCAGCGACAACCACUCCUGCGACCACUGCUCCAGCGACCACCACCACCGCAGCGACCAAGAAAGCCGAGAAGCCCAUCAAGCUGUACUCCCACGCCGGCGGACCGAACCCAUGGAAGGUGGCCAUCAUCAUGAAUGAGCUGUCAAUUCCUUACGAAACCAUCCUCAAGGACUUCGCCGACCUCAAGAAAGAGCCCUUCGAGGCGAUCAACCCCAACGGCCGCGUGCCGGCGAUCGAGGACCCAAACACCGGCGCCACGGUCUGGGAGUCCGGUGCCAUCAUCGAGUACCUGCUCGAGACGUACGACGGCGCACACACGCUCAGCUACACGGACACCACGGACAGGAUUGAGAGUCGUUGCUGGUUCCACUUGCAGUUGAGUGGACAGGGUCCAUACUUUGGUCAGAAAGCCUGGUUUACCCUCUACCACCCCGAGAAACUCGAGUCCUGCCAAGAGCGCUACGGCAACGAAAUCAAGCGAGUCAUCGGCGUCAUCGACUUGCACUUGAAGAAGACGGGCAACGAAUACCUCGUAGGCUCGAAGUGCACGUACGCCGACCUCGCGUUCGUGCCAUGGCACUGGCUGAUCCUGUUCCCGCCGCACCUCAUGGGCGGAGACUUCGCGGCCGAGUGGGAGAAGGAAUUCCCGGCUGCUUGGGCGUGGAAUGAGAGAUUACAGGCGAGGCCGAGUGUGGCCAAAGCCAGGGAGGAGAGAAAGACUGCUAUGGGCCAGUAG